AUGAUGAAUUUAUCUGUGAAGAAUCGACGAGUAGAUCGUAUAUCCAUAUUAUUACAAGAAUAUAAUAUUGAAAAAGUUAUUCAUAUUAAAGGUCAAAAUAAUUGCUUAGCUGAUUAUUUAUCACGUCAUCCUAUUCAAUAUGGUGGAGAAAUAUUUAAUGAAGAUUAUGGUAUAAGUAUGUUAUUUGAAGGGAAACCAUUGAAUUGGGUGUAUGUUCCUGAUAAUAAGUCUCUUUUUGUUAAUGCUGUUGUUACACGAUCAAAAAAGCAACAAAUAUUACAACAAGAAUCGUCAUACAUUAACCCUUUGAAAAAUAAUAUAAACGACAGAACAUCUUUAGCUAAGGGACAAGUUAGUGGUAAAUUAUUUCAAUCUUCCUCCUGUCACUUUACUUGUAAUGAUUUGGAUAUUGAGCAAACUAAAUUUGAACAAAUUAAAGAUACAAUUAUACAGAGUAAAAUUAAAGAGAUAGAGUAACAUUCAACCAAUAAUUCAUAUAUUUUACAUGAUGGUUUAUUAUUUAAAUUAAUGGCUAUGCAUCCUCGUCAUACCACAAAAACUAAAUUACUUUGUUUACCAUCAUCAAUGAUUACAUCUCUUCUUAAAGCCUAUCAUACUGAUCCUCCAAAAGGGCAUUUUGGUAUACAACGUACAUAUUUAAAAUUAAAAAACAAGUUUUGGUGGCCAGAUAUGAAGCACACCAUUGCUCAAUAUAUAACGUCUUGUUUACAAGGGGCAACAUCAUACUUUUGUACUUUAGGUACUUUAAUGUAUUUUAUUGUACUGUAGAAUACUUUAAAAUAUCUUAAAAUACCUUAAAACACUUUAGAAUAUUUUAAAGUACUUUACAAUACUUUAAAACACUUUAAAAUACUAUAGAAUACCUUAAAAUAAUUUAGAAUACUUCAAAGUACUUUAGAAUACUUUAAAGUACUUUGAAAGAGGGUCCACCAGAAAACCGGAUAACAUAGGUGGGGAAAAUUUUGAUUUUUGAUUUGAGUAUCUGAUAGCAAAGGUCU